UUACAGUACGCGUCGAGACGUAGAGAUAGUCAGUCGAUUCGUCAGUCGCGCUGUGAGCGUUCCUACUGCACUAACAGGAUAAAAGGUUAUCAGUAUCGUAACACAGGUGUUUUAACGUCGCCUCGGAAACUCUCUGCUCUUUGCGUGCUUUAAUGCGGCACCGCUGAGUGUAUAAUAAAGUGUCGCUAACAUGUGAAGUGCUGGGACUUUUAACGCAAGUUCAUCUCAUUUUCCGUAAUAGAAAAUGAGACAAUAUUUUCAGUAAGCGGACACAAUAAAUGGCCUAAAAUAGGUAAAUACAAUAUUUACAAUUCUAUCAGACAGUACUGAUGGUUGCUGUAAUUUCUUAAAAUUAUACUUACUGGUGUUGCAACUCUGAGUGUAUUUUAUCGUAAUUAAUUGAAUUCUGUUGACCACUGCUAUCAUUACUCUAAAACAGGACCUUAUUUGAAGAAGAUUUUACAUAUUCUUGAUUCCUGCUUUAGUAAACGACAGUUCUAUUCAACUGAAUAUACUGAAAAGUAUGAUAUCGUGGCCUAUUUUAACAUACUAUUGCAGAGGAAAAAUGCCAUGAAAAUUUUAAGUCUUUGUUUUUUUUAACCUGGGACGUCACAAAUACGAAGCAGUGGUGUUUAACUCGACCGCGACUUUAGUUUUUACGUGUUCAAAUUCCUUUGUAAUGUCAGAACGCCAUGAGAGGAUUUCGUUUGAAAGAAGGAUCUCAUGAUGAAUGGGAAAAUAUUCAUGUGAGAACUACAACCAAUCACCCAGAGACGUUUCGAGAAUUCCAAUACUCGAAACGUUGUGUAUCAGGCAGUGGGCUGUGUUAACCGGGCAAAAUCAACAGUAAGUGUUAACAGUAUAAAUCAUUCGGCUUGUGUAAAUAAUAUUUAAACAUUCAGUUCCUACCGCAAAGAAAACUACGCGUCUCCGUUACAAAGAUAAAUUUGUUAAUGCUGUUUAUGGAAAUAAUGACUGUUUAUUCUGAUAAUGAUAUGAAACCUAUUAAUCACUGUGGGGAAAAUUCUGAGUUAUUUGUUAUUACAGCAGGUGGAAUAUAUAGUCACCACUGUGCUUCAAAUAAUUAAUCUGACUGAGUAAUAUUAAAUACUUAAUUAGGUACUUAUUAGCGUGAUGACAUACUAACACUUAGAAUGCAAGAAAUGUAACAGCGCGCUUCGGUACCCGCAAUCUGUCUGUGACCUGUUUCUUCACCUCCGAGGCCGGAAUGCAGUUGUUACAGUAAUAUUAGGACAUUCCUUCGUACCUAAACGUGUAAAAAAACAAUGGGAUUUGAGGUUCUCACGGCAAAGUCCCUGAAGAUGGAGGCAGUAUCUUCCUCCGAAAUGUAGGCACCUAUCGACAAGUCCACACGGCUUUACAACCCAGAAGACCAACAGAGCAGAUUUACUCUAAGUCCAGCAUAAAGGGUAAAAUCUCGACGAUGCGCUCGGAACCCGCAGAAGGUUCGGCGGCGGCGGCCGCUAUGGCAACCAGCAGCGACGCCACGGAGCUAGGAGGAUGCUGGGAGCAGAACGAGGGGUCUGACGAGCCGUAUUCUGGCGGCAGGAGGAGUCGCUCCGGGCGCAGAUCCAGACGCGUUUCCAACGUCUCGCCAGAACUCGACCUCACGGACUCCUCCUCCGUGAGCGACGACACGACAGCGUAUAUCACGAGAAGUUCCCGGCGACUGCAGAACGUCUCUGCCAACUCAAACCAGUACCUAUCAGUGCCAAGUUCAGUUGGAGCUGGGGCCUCGUCCAGAAGAAGAAAACCAGUACUCAGUGCCAAAGAGAGGAAUCUGAGACGCCUCGAGAGCAACGAGAGAGAGAGAAUGAGGAUGCACAGCCUCAACGACGCGUUCCAGUCCCUACGAGAAGUUAUCCCUCAUGUGAAAAAAGAACGACGCCUAUCAAAAAUUGAGACACUCACCCUUGCAAAAAACUAUGUUAUGGCCCUCACGAAUGUCAUCUGUGAGAUGAGAGGUGAAGUCUUGCCCUAUGCAGCCGCCCUUGGUGGGGACGGUGACAGUGUCACAUCCCACAGCAGUGGACAACCGUCACCAGCAUCAUUUGCAUCCGACCAGUCAUCAAUGCCAACUCCACCACUCGACAACAAUGAGAACAGUUUCUGUGAGUCAGCAAUGAAUGCAGCACCUACGAUGACACUCCUCUAAUCUUGCGGAAUAUGGUGCACAAGGUGUUUAAAUGUACUUAGGUUCUGAACCAACUCUGAUAAGAAACAUGGGAAAUCAGCUGUGGAUAAUCUUUUUCAACCUAAAAGCUAGCAUUGUUGAAUGAGAUGCAACAAUGAAGAUGACACCAAAAUAGCAAAUCUUUACAUGUCCAACUUCAUGUGAUCACAGUGGCCAUACAACUAACAACAUUCCACUUACUCAUUAAAUAAUUCCCAAGUGUAAAUUUCGUUUUCAUUAUCAGCUGCAACGGCAACAUUUCCAUGAUCUUCAGGAUAUAUAUA